UCAAGCACAAUGGCUCUGGUAAGAAAACAUUUUACAAAAAAGACACUGAAAACUAUGUGUAUGAUAUUGAUGUGUCUGACUUUUAUUUUAUGGAAGACCUCGAAACAGAGAAAAACUAAAGACAGGUCUUCAGAGGAACAGAAGGUACAGACUGGGAACCUGGGGGAAAUACAGGCAUGCUCAGCAAUCAUUCGAGGAGAUGUGGAAGAACUCAAUAAGGAGGACCUCAGCAGACUUCUGAAGAAGAGAAGACGUGUCGCUUUGCCAGAGUCUUUCUAUCUCAAUUCAACAAAGGAUUGCAGUGCUUACAUCAAAGACAGGGGGUUUCUAACCGUAGCUCGCAGUGGAGAAGAGAGGGACUUUCCUAUUGCCUAUUCCAUGGUGAUCCAUGAGAAGAUCGAGAUGUUUGAGAGGCUCCUCAGAGCUGUGUACACACCACAGAAUGUGUACUGUGUGCAUGUGGACAAGAAGUCUCCAGAAAACUUCAUGAAGGCUGCGGAAGCCAUUGUUUCUUGUUUUCCAAAUGUGUUUGUGGCAAGCAAACUGGAGAGGGUUGUUUAUGCCACUUGGUCUCGAGUCCAAGCUGACCUGAACUGCAUGAAUGAUCUGUUGAACUCGACUGUUGAGUGGAAGUACCUUAUCAAUACCUGUGGAACUGACUUCCCCAUCAAAACCAACACAGAGAUGGUGCGAGCAUUACAAGUGCUAAAUGGAUGGAACAGCUUAGAGUCUGAGGCAACUCCUGAGUACAAGAAAGCUCGCUGGGAAUACCACCACAAUGUCACUGAGUCUGGUGUCAUCCGGACUGGCAUUAAGAAGAGCCCCCCUCCCAUCAGUAGCCCAAUGUUCUCUGGAAAUGCUUACUUUGUGCUGUCGAGAGAGUUUGUGGAGCACUUGUUUAAAAGCCCAGAGGCUAAAGCUUUGCUUGAGUGGGCGAAGGACACAUACAGUCCAGAUGAGCACCUUUGGGCAUCUCUUCAGCGCAUGCCAGGUAUGCCAGGGUCCAGCCCUUCCAACAACAAAUACGACAUGACGGACCUGAACUCCAUAGCCCGUCUGGUGAAGUGGGUUUCUCUGGAAGGAGACAUAAGGAAAGGGGCACCCUAUCCUACGUGUGAUGGUAUGUAUAGAAGAGAAGUAUGUGUGUAUGGUGCUGGGGAUCUCAAGUGGAUACUAAGCCAGCACCAUCUGCUCGCCAACAAAUUUGACCCCGAAGUUGAUGAUGUUGUACUUAAAUGCCUGGAACAUUAUUUGCGCAUGAAGACGUCAGUUGGACAAUCACUACAGUGA